AGCAUUUUUGUCAGCCGUUGUAUUAAUAAAAUAAAAAUGCUAGUAAUUAGCACGGCUGACAGCAAAGAUAUUUUUAUUAUGUUACAUAUUAAUUAACCAUACAUAUUUUAUAAUAAAUUUAGAAAAUUGAAAAAUAUGUCAACACAACCUGGUCCUCCAAUUGACAAUGACGAAAGAAAGGGCCUGAUUAUUUUUGGAAGAGAUGUUCAACAAAUCCCAUGUUUUAGAAAUAGUUUUCUGUAUGGCAUUAGCGGUGGGAUUGGCGUUGGAAUUUUAACUUUUUUGGGAACUUCGCGAGCUAAACUAGCAACACACGUAGGAUUUUCAACGUUUUUUUGCUCAACUUUAAUAUACUGGUUCACUUGCAGAUAUAAUUGGUCCAAACAGAGAUUCCAUUAUAACAAAUUACAAGCGGCAAUGAAACAACACGCUCUAUAUGAAGGAACUGAAAAGGAAAAGGAAAUGCAAAAUCUUGAGGAGGCUUAAUGUGUUUUUUGUCACUAUUUAGAGAACAUUUUCAAAUAAACUUAAUUUUUUCACCUUAGAAAUUGUUAUGUAGAUAUCUUAAAAACAAAAAUGGACAUUGUAUGUAGAUGCGUAAUAAAUUAAAUGGAAAGCAUGGUUAAUUUUGAUUUAAAUUAUUUAUAUGGUUUUUGUGAUUAAUAUAAAAUAAACAAAACUUAAAAUUAAAUGUUAA